ACUAUGGAUCUUUUAAAUAUAACCACUGAUAUGACUACUCCUGAUUAUGACUACAAGAUUGAUGACUCGUUUUCAGCGUACAAUCUCUGGGAUUUAAUACCCACUGCCAUAGUAUACGGUCUAACACUAAUAGCAGGUUUAAUAGGCAAUGGGCUUAUAGUGUAUACUGUGGUACACUUCAGGCGCAUGAGGACACUGUCCAACGUAUUUCUGGCCAGUCUUGCAUUUGCUGACCUUUUAUUGAUAUGUGUUUGCGUUCCCGUAAAGUUUGCACAGUUAUUCUCAUAUUCGUGGACUUUGGGAGAGUUUGGCUGUAAGUUUGUUCAUUACAUGCAAAAUGUUAGCUCCAUUUGCUCGGUCUUUACGCUCACUAUUAUGAGUAUUGAACGUUACUACGCUAUCAUACAUCCAGUGAAAUGUAGGGCUACUUUUAAUAUGACUCACAUGAAAAAGAUAAUUAUAUUCAUUUGGAUAACAUCUAUACUGUUGGCAUUGCCUGUACUCUACAUUCAGAUUCAUAUAGAAGUUGGUCAGCGAUAUCAGGCAUAUUGGUGUGUCAGGGAUUGGUCGCGAACUUUUUGGUGGCCAUUCUAUGAAUGUUAUAUGAUUUGGUUGAUAUUGAUUUUGCCAUCACUGGUCAUGGCUUAUACCUACACAUGUAUUUGCCAUCAGCUAUGGAUUGUCGUUCAGCAAAGGGCUGGUAUGGUCUGCGGGCGCGACUCAUUUGCCGGCAGUACUGAAAUGCAUGAAUUGAAUAAUAGCGACAAAGAAGGCGACAAUUGUCGUCACGUCGGCAAUACUCAGAAUAGUCAAAGACCUCUUCAACAGAUAUACCACAAUAAGACCGAUGAGGACAGUACUACCGUAAAACAGGUGACUAUUAUUAAGGUAAUCAAAAUGUUGGUCGCAGUAGUCGUACUGUUUAUCAUCUGUUGGUCACCGAUAUUGAUAAUCAAUGUUUUGACAUCAUUUGGUAUUUUGCAUCCAUUAAAUUACGGAUAUUUAAAGCCAUUGAGAACAGCGGCACAUCUAUUAUCUUAUGCUAAUUCGUGUAUCAAUCCAGUGGUCUAUGGAUUUAUGUCUAAGAAUUUUAGGGCCUCUUUCAAGACGGCUCUCAGCAAUUGUUUUCAUUGCUCGAGAUUUCGAGGAAGAUAUGGUCAGAAUAGUGGCCAAAGAAGCUAUACAUCCACCUAUCGUAUCAACAAUAGCACCACCAAUGGAGGCACUCGGGCUACCAGUGUUUGGACACAACAUCAUAUGAACCAAAACAUGUAA